AUGGGCCAGGGCUGCGGACACUCCAUCCUCUGCCGGAGCCAGCCGUACCAGGCGGCCGCGUCUGACCUCCGCGGGUUCCUGCAGGCGGGGGACGCCGCGCCCGGCCCCGAGGCGCUACAGGAUGCUCUGCUGAGCCUGGGCGCUGCGCUGGAUGCCCCCGCCCUGCGGGAUGCCCUCCGCCACGCCCUCGUCACCCUGCUGCCCGCCGUGGAGCACGUCUACAUCUACCUGCUGGAUGGGGACACGCGGCUGCUCUGCGACGACCCCCCCCACGAGCUGCCCCCCGACGGGAAGCUCAGGGAUGCUGUGCGGAAGCAGAAGCGGCUGGAGUGCGGGGGGCUGCUCCCUGCCGAGCUCCCUGGCCGGCACCUGGGCCCCCUGGCAGCACCCCUGGCCCCUGGCACGCAAGUGCUCAUCAUCCCGCUGGUGGACAAGAACAGUGGGACCGUGGUGUGUGUCAUCCUGGUGCACUGUGGCCAGCUGAGUGACUCGGAUGAGCAGAACCUUCGUGCACUGGAGAGACAUGCCCUGGUGGCAUUCCGGCGCCUGCAAGCCCUGCAGAAGCUGCAGCCCUGGCCCCAGGUCAGCCUCUCCACCAGUUCCUCCCAGACGUCCCUGGCCAAGCCUGAGAAGGCGCCUGAGAGCAGCUACAGCGACCUGGACUGCAAGAUCCUGCAGCUCUGUGGUGAGCUCUAUGACCUGGAUGCCGCCUCGCUGCAGCUCAAAGUCAUCAACUAUCUGAAGCAGGAGACCCAGUCACUGUGCUGCUGCCUCCUGCUCGUCUCCGAGGACAACCACCAGCUCUUCUGCCAGGUGGUGGGGGACCGUGUCCUCGAGGAGGAGAUCAGCUUUUCGCUCACCUUCGGGCGCCUGGGGCAGGUGGUGGAGGACAAGAAGCCCAUCACCUUGAAGGACAUCAGCGAGGAGGAGCACAAGCAGCUGAGCAGCAUGCUGGGCUGCGAGGUCACCUCCAUGCUCUGUGUCCCUGUCAUCAGCCGGGCCACCUCCCAGGUGGUGGCACUGGCCUGCGCCUUCAACAAGCUGAGCGGGGAGAGCUACACGGACACGGACGAGCACAAGAUCCAGCACUGCUUCUGCUACACCUCCACGGUGCUCACGAGCACCUUGGCCUUCCAGAAGGAGCAGAAGCUCAAGUGUGAGUGCCAGGCUCUGCUGCAGGUGGCCAAGAACCUCUUCACCCACCUGGAUGACGUGUCCGUCCUGCUCCAGGAGAUCAUUACGGAGGCCCGGAACCUCAGCAACGCCGAGAUAUGCUCCGUGUUCCUGCUGGACCGGCUCAGCCACGAGCUGGUGGCCAAGGUGUUCGACGGCGGCGUGGUGGACGACGAGAGCUACGAGAUCCGCAUCCCGGCGGACCAGGGCAUCGCCGGGCACGUGGCCACCACCGGCAAGAUCCUGAACAUCAAGGAUGCCUACUCACACCCGCUCUUCUACCGCGGGGUGGACGACAGCACCGGCUUCCGCACCCGCAACAUCCUCUGCUUCCCCAUCAAGAACGAGAGCCAGGAGGUCAUCGGGGUAGCGGAGCUGGUCAACAAGAUCAACGGCCCUUGGUUCAGCAAGUUCGACGAGGACCUGGCCACCGCCUUCUCCAUCUACUGCGGCAUCAGCAUCGCCCACUCCCUGCUGUACAAGAAGGUGAACGAGGCACAGUACCGAAGCCAUCUGGCCAACGAGAUGAUGAUGUACCACAUGAAGGUGUCAGAUGAUGAGUACACCAAGCUGCUGAGUGAGGGCAUCCAGCCCGUGUCCACCAUCGACCCCAACUUCGCCAGCUUCACCUACACACCACGCUCCCUGCCCGAGGACGACACCUCCAUGGCCAUCCUGAGCAUGCUGCAGGACAUGAACUUCAUCAACAACUACAAGAUGGACCGUCAGACGCUCACCAGGUUCUGCCUGAUGGUGAAGAAGGGGUACCGUGACCCGCCCUACCACAACUGGAUGCACGCCUUCUCUGUCUCCCACUUCUGCUACCUGCUCUACAAGAACCUGGAGCUUGUCAACUAUCUAGAAGACAUCGAGAUCUUUGCCCUCUUCAUCUCCUGCAUGUGCCACGACCUGGACCACAGAGGCACCAAUAACUCCUUCCAGGUGGCCUCGAAAUCGGUCCUGGCCGCGCUCUACAGCUCUGAGGGUUCUGUCAUGGAGAGGCAUCACUUUGCCCAAGCCAUCGCCAUCCUCAACAGCCAAGGCUGCAACAUCUUUGACCACUUCUCCCGAAAGGACUACCAGCGCAUGCUGGACCUGAUGAGGGACAUCAUCUUGGCCACUGACCUGGCCCACCACCUGCGCAUCUUCAAGGACCUCCAGAAAAUGGCAGAAGUGGGGUAUGACCCCAAGAACAAGCAGCACCGCAGCCUGCUGCUCUGCCUGCUCAUGACCUCCUGCGACCUCUCUGACCAGACCAAGGGCUGGAAGACCACCAGGAAGAUUGCAGAGCUGAUCUACAAGGAGUUCUUCUCCCAGGGUGAUCUGGAGAAAGCCAUGGGAAACAGCCCGCUGGAGAUGAUGGACCGAGAGAAAGCCUACAUCCCCGAGCUGCAGAUCAGCUUCAUGGAGCACAUCGCCAUGCCCAUCUACAAGUUGCUGCAGGACCUGUUCCCCAAGGCAGCAGAGCUCUACGAGCGGGUGGCCAGCAACCGGGAGCAGUGGACCAAGGUCUCCCACAAAUUCACCAUCCGAGGCUUGCCCAGUAACAACUCCCUGGACUUUCUGGAUGAGGACUAUGACCCCCAGGCCCCGGACCCCCAGCUCAAUGGCUGCCUGGACCCCGAGGUGGGGCAGCCCCCCGAGGCUGCGGCCGAGUGA